AUGCAUUCUGCAAUCCGAUCCAUUGAUCAUUUAGGGGAAAUCAUAAACAAUAUUGGCAUUAAAACAAAAGAUUUAAGGCUUUACAGAACAAAGUGUUCCAGUAUAUUAAAAAAUGUUUGUGCUUCAGCUAUACUUAGUGAUCUUAUUGAAGAUGUAGGAGAUUCACUGUAUUCUCUCAUCAUAGAUGAAUCAACAGAUAUUUCAGUUCAUAAGUAUAUGGCAUUAGAUAUUUUAGUGUCAGGAAAAAUGUUAUGUGCACUGAAUAUUUGGUUAAAUGUGUAUGCCAUUCCAUCCAUCUGUGCUUCAAAAGCAACAGAACAGUUACCCACAAGUCUAGAUUUUCUUAUUAGGGAGACCUAUAAUUGGUUCGCACAUAGUCCAUUAAGAAGAUUAAAUUAUGAAACCAUAUAUACUUUAAUAAAUGUAAUUUUAAGAGUUAGGCUCUAUUUUCAUUCAAAAGGUUGUUGUAAAGGUUUUAAACCAACAAAAAUACUGAUGAUAUUAUUUACAUCUCAAAUGUAUUUGAAUAUUAUGAACGAUAAUAUGACAGAUAAUGAGAGAGAACUUAACGAUGAAGUUUGGGAAGAAGUUCAAACAUAA